AUGCAGGAAGAAAGGAAACGACAAGAGGAGGAGGAAGCUUCGAGGAAGGCCCGUGCAGAGGAGGAUGGUGCAGAGAUGCAGGCCGCAGAGGAGAGGUGCAGACGAGAGGAAGAAAAGUCGCGCCAAGAGGAACAGGAGGCUCUUGCGACCAUGGCAGAACAAGAGGAGAGCGCACGCUUGGAGGAGGAGGAGAGGCACAGAGAGGAGGCAGCAGAGGUUCGCAGACAGGAGGAGCAAGCCAAGGCUGAGGAGAGAAGACGGCUAGAAGAAGAGUUGCGACGGCAAGAGGAAGAGGAGGCGCUUCAGAGAGCCCGUGCGGAGGAAGAGGAGAACGCACGCCUGGAGGAGGAGCGGAAGCGACAGGAGGCGGCUGCAGAGAUGCGCAGACAAGAGGAGCAAGCCAAGGUAGAGGAGGAGGAGAGGGCUCAACUGGAGGAAGAUAGGCAGCGACGCGAGGAAGAGGAGGCGCUCGAAAGAGCACGUGCGGACAAGGAGGAAGAAAGGAAACGACAAGAGGAGGAGGAAGCUUCGAGGAAGGCAGCAGAGGAAGGGCGGCAACGAGAGGAACAGGAGGCACUCGCGAGGGCCCGCGCCGAGGAAGAGGCACAGGAGAUGCGCAGACAAGAGGAGCACGCCAAGGCUGCAGAGGAGGAGAGGGCACGAUUAGAAGCAGAAAGGCGUCGGCAAGAGGAAGAGGAGGCGCUCGAGAGGGCCCGCACAGAGGAGAACGCACGCUUGGAGGAGGCGCAGCGAAACGAGGCAGCAGAGGAGCUGCGCAGACAAGAGGAGCAAACCAAGGCAGAGGCUGAGGAAAGGGCGACACUAGAGGAAGAGAGGCGGCGGCGAGAGGAAGAGGAGGGGCUGAAGAGGGUCCGCGCCGAGAAAGAGGAGGAAGCUUUGAGGAAGGCUUGCGCAGAGCAGGAGAUGCGCAGACAAGAGGAAGGGGUGGCUCCUGCGAACGCCCGUGCAGAACAAGAGGAGACAGCACGGAUGGAGCAGGAGAGGAAGCGACAAGAGGCAGGGCAGACUCGAGCCAAGACAUCGCCGAGGGCCACGUCAUCCAAUGAUGUAACUCCGCCGUCUGGUGAUCCCAAGCACCGCUUCACGAUUGAAGCAACGGGAAGCUCAUCGGAGAUUCCACUUCGUCGACAAGUGGUGCCUCCGUCGAGUCAGGCAGUCGAAGAGCUUGCUACACUUCAGCAUCGGCCAAGCUCCGUAUCAAUGACAGCAAAGGUGCAGGCCACAAGGAUUUCGAGCCCACCCCCGCAGGACACCGCGACCCCUUCGGACACAUUUCAGAUCUUGCAAAGACAAGGGAUGCGUCAGGUAGCCUCUACCGUGUGGAUGGCCGAAACUCCCCGACAGACGCUUCCCGCGAGCGUUCGUCAGGUCAUGAGAUCAGCAUCCAGUCCAAGCACAGCUGUGGUGGCCGCCGUGGCAGCUGUUGCGAAGGUGAAGGCAGUUCAGCGGUGCAAGCCGGAUCAGUGGGUACCGGUGGUGCCGGCUGCGAGUGACACGUGGAGUCGACGGAGCCAAAGUCCCGCUCCCACCAUUCCACGCUACGCAAGUUACGGCUACAAGCUGCCAGCAGUUCCCAGUGCUCAGCAGCUUCUUGCCAGCCCAAGGCAGAGUUUACAGAGUUCGACUGGCACCUUGGACACCCCUGGAACUGCCACUCACAGGAUGCUUUGCCAGCCAGUGGCAGCAACUCAAUCAUGGGCGGAUCUGGCGGCGAGGGCGCGCGAGUCCUGCCAACAAGCCCUUCAAGCCGUGGCCAGUCCGAGCCCCAUAACUCCGAGAACGGCAUGGAUGGACCUCUCACCGCGGAGCAAGUCUUUAUCUCGCUUCGAUGGUGCCAGCUCACCUCCGCCAAGAGCGCGUGUGGAGCAUCGAUUUGUCGCAGACCCAAUGUUGCCAGCGACUCGUACUGCUUCUCCGAUGGCACGAUCGCCAGUGUACGAUCACCGCAACACCGUUUGGCUAGACGCGAUGAGGUCACCUCGUCCGACAGCACAGGUUGCCGACCUUUGGAUUCAAGAGCCUCGCUGCAGGACGUUGGCCUCGCCUAUCGUCACGCAGCGCAGAGAGGCUGUUGUGUGGAGACCGCAGUCUCCCCUUGCCGCGAUGCCGACUUUGACAUCGCCCAGUGAAACCGUUUUUCCUCUCCCUGAAGGGAGCGGUUUUCGCUAUCUGCAAGGCAGCCAGCCCUGUCGUCGAUGA